CCACAACAGAAAGCUUGUCCUUUUCCAUGGAUUCGUUGCGAUGGGCCGCUCGCCGAAGUCUUCCCCAAAAGCUUCGCCGAAGACAUCACCCAAGAAGGUGAAGAAAAGCGAGGUUGAAGAAGAAAAGCGAGAUGUGAACAGCCUGAAAAGCCCGAAAAGUCCCAAAAGCCCGAAAAGCGCGAAGAAGGAUACAAAGGAAAGUGCCGCCUACAAGAGCAUUGCCGUUUGCCUGAGCUCUGGGCACAAACUCCAUCCUACACUUGUCGCUGGAGUUUUCUCGAAGAGUGCUUCACCUAUUUCUGCCGGUUCGAAGCUCUACGCACCCUGUGGCCCUUUCGUCCAGGUGUAUAGUGUGAAGAGCCAUCGCGUCUUAGCCACGCUUGGGCCACAUGAAGGGCAAGUGACUGCUUUGUCUGCAGGUUCAAAGCAACCUGAUGGUCCAUACCCCAUUGCAACAGGAUCUUCGUCUGGAGAGCUUUGCAUAUGGGACGGGAAAGGUGGAAACUGUUCGCAGCCGUCCACCCGGAUGAACCUGGGCAAUGAGGUGCUUUCUUUACACUGGCCAAGAGCAAACCAGAUCAUCGUGAUGCUAGGUGAAAAGGGUGGCGAAGCUUGGCUGGAGCAGAUCACUGUGUCAUCUCUUGAAUCAAUUUCGAGGGGCAGUACCUUGCCCCUUCGUGCCGAAAAAGCCGGUCGUUGUGAUGUUGAUGACGACAUAGUGGCUCUCAUCGACGGCAAGGAGCUUUGUGUUUGGAAAGAGGGCUGGAGCGCACCGCGCAGGUACUCCCAUGCAAGCAAAGCCUUUUCGGUUGCCAUCGAUCCUUACAGGAGAUAUGUAGCAGUUGGCGAUCAGUUGGGGGUGGUGUGGUUUUGGUGGGGUGCUUUGGAUGACGUACAAGACACCCUCGUUCCUGCCCGCUGGCACUGGCAUGCCGGUCCAGUACGCGCUCUAACACACUCUGGUCCUCUUCUCCUCAGCGCGGGAGACGAAGGUGUUCUUUGUGUUCGAAAUGCUGAGGAUGAAACGACCAAGUACAUCCCUCGCUUUCGGACGUCAUUUCGACAUCUCACUGUGUCACAGGAUGGCCAGAUUUGCUGUGGGUGUAAGGACAGCUCCAUCGCACUGAUAGAUAGUCUUCACGGCGUGGAGAGGCCACGCUACGUUCCAUCCAUCGACCAUGCACUCUCUGAGCCCAUGGCCAGAGAAGGGAAAAAGCGGCGGCUUGGGCGGCAGGAAAGAGGAACUUGGAAGCGGGCCAAAGUUCAGCCCACCUUGCCUUUCCUCCACUCCUUGACAGGUGGUUCUGUAGUUGCUACAGCUGGGCGCCGGGUGACCUUCUUGCACCGUACUGAAGAGCCACAGCCCUCGGAAACCUUGCGACUGAAGCGAGGAGGGCAUGCAAGUAGUGAUCCCGAACAGUGCUGGGUCCUACAGCAGCUUGUGGUCAGCUCCGGUGGAUCGUGCAUCAUGACAUGCGAAACUCGCAUUUUGCCAUCCUUGGAGAACUUUGACCCUGGCUUUGCCUUCAGCUGUGUCUUGAAAUGGUGGCGGCGAGAUUCACUUGGAGAGUAUGUCUUGGACAGCGUUUCCAACAAUCCACACAUGGAUGAUGUGACAGUUGCCUUUGGGAGCCCUGAAGAUGAAACCGUUUUCUUCACAGCGUCUCGAGAUAAAGGCUUCAAGAUUUGGGAUUACCUCGAUUCGCCCUAUGCGCCAGCGGUCAGAAAGGGUGAAGAAGUGGAGAGAAAGCGAUGUUGGCAAUUCAUUGCUGCCGGCAAAUGGCGGAGCACCAUAGUAUCAGGCUGCUUUAGCGCUGAUGCUAGCGUGGUGGCUACCGGUGUUGUGGGCAGCAUUAUUCUUUGGAAGGCGCAAGAAGGAGUGGCUGUCGACCAGUUGAGCCUGGAGAAAGCAGACACGCCAAAGCAGAUGUGCAGUGUUGUCACUUCGGCAUUCUUGCUCAUUGCGUAUGUCCAAGGGGCAAAGAAAGAUGAGAUUAUUUGCUGGAACUUGUUCACUCUUCAGAUGGUCACCAAGCUGGAUUUGAGAGCUGCGCUCCCAGGUAAAGGUGAGUUCCAGAUGCGCUACUCCAUCCAGCUGCCAUUCCAGAUAUUGGCUUUCCGGCGUGGGGAGGCUGUGUUUACCACGUGGAGUUUGACACAAGAUGAACCAAAGCUGAUGGCUAAUGGUGUCGAAUCUCCCAAGAAGAAGAGAAAGUUGGAGAAAGCGAAGAAGGAUUUGUGCCCAAGUCUGACCUUUGUCGAGCAGGCAUCGAUGACCCUACCAGCUGGUCAAGGUAUUGAAGAUCUCGCUUUCCACAAAAAAGAAAGCUCCAAAGACGAGGAUGAGUACUCCGUCAUGGAGUCUUUGAUGUGCUGGACUUCAGCUGGGCUUCUGUGGAACAUCAACUUGUCUGAUGCAAAGCUUCAAGAAGAGCAGCCAGAGGAGGAACCACUUGAGGAGAAAGCUGGCAGCGCCUUGAGCAACCUCACGGGUGGACGCAUGGCUGUUAGCAAACUUGAGACUUCCGCCAAAUACCCGCUGCGUACUACAGCUGCACAGCAGGCUGGUCUAGUGCCACGCCUGCUGAAGCGAAUCUUGCCACCUGGAGUGCCCAGCCACAUGCUGCCUCCGCCAGCAGCCCUGUGGAAAGAGUUUACCUCUACCUAUGCGAAAGCUCCUGAUGCCGCUGCAGCUCCAUUUCAGGCUGAGACCCUCAAAAAGCGCUCGAAGGCUGCGACCAAGGCGUCGAACCUGGCUGGAUCGGAUCUCCGUCGCCCGCUCCCGCCGGGGGUGCCUAGCCGGGACUGGACAGACCGUCCUGGGCUGAGCUCGUCCACACAGAUCGAGGUCAAUACCUGAUGAAUUGGUGGAUCAAGACUGGAUGGACGCGUUGGUUGAAGCUAUGUGAACAUGUGAAGGAAGUUGUGAAGCUUCGAGAAGCUUAUCGAUUGUAUUUGAAGGGGUCCUGCCCAGUUGGUGUGAGGACUGAUUCUUGUUGUCAUCACCCCGAGAAACAAUAAAAAAUAAGGGAUCCCAUGUUUUUUGCGCCAAUAGGUUCAAUAGGCUCUGCUUGUAAGACGGAGCUAGAGUUUCACCCAAAUCCUGAUCGGCCGCGAAGCAAAGCAAAG